AUGUCUUCCACCGAGAAAAAGCGCCUUCGGGAUCGUCGGUCGCAACAGACCCUCCGUGAAAAAAAGCUGCGACAUGCAGCCCAGCUCGAAGAACGAGUGGCGCACUGCGAAAAGCAUCACAGCGACCAAGGUGUGCAGCGACUUGUGCAAGUAAUCAAAGGGCUCCGCCAGCAAAAUGAGACUCUCCUUAUGCGUCAAAGGAGCUUGAAAUGCCUUGUCAACUCCUGGGAGAUAGAACAAGAGGAACCGGCUGCCACCAAUGACUCCAGCUAUGACUGGUCCUCUCUGUACAAACAGAUGAUCAACCGAGAAGCCCAGUUCUCCCUGCAGACGAACUUCAAUGUGUCAAUACCCCAGAAUGGGAUAAGCAGUCCGCUGAAUGUAUCCAUGUCUAAUUCAGCCACACCUCCGCAAAUACAACUCUCACCUCUGGCAUCGCUUUCAUCUCUUUCAUCUCUUUCAUCGGAAACUACACCAUUGUGGAAGCAAAUCCCACCACACAACGACGACUUCUCCAGCCCACGAACAAUAAUCUCCUGUCCCUGGUUCAUUUACCCAGAGCUUAUAACACCAUGUCCGGACAUCCCCGAUUCUCCUCUGGAUUUCUUGUACGGCACGAAAACAAACGCCCUAGCCGAUAUGAUUCACAAAACCUUGCUACGCCGCCCGCUCCGCGCUCCGGAGCGACUAAGCACCGGCUGGCUGACCUAUCACUUCUCGAGAUGGGUUCUUGCCCCCAGCCCUGAAACCUAUAGCAGACUUCCUAUCUUCCUCCGGCCUGUGCAGGGCCAGAUGGCCGUUCAGCAUCCAAUGGUGUUGGAUUUCUUGCCUUGGCCGAGAAUGAGGCUAAACCUGAUCCGGCGGUGGCAUUUGUAUUCCGAUGACCGGGACGAUCUGUUCGGGAUGUUUGCUUGUUGUGUCAAGAUCCGAUGGCCAUGGGGUGAGGAGAUCCUUGAGAGGGAUGAUCGGAACGAGCUACGCAUCAAAAAAGAGUUUUAUGAGACUUUCAUGAGCGAGAGUGGAUGGGGACUUACGCCGGAGUUUAUUAGGCGAUAUCCUGAUCUUUUAGAAGGGAUCGAUAUCAGUCAAAUUGUAUUUGAGCUUUCGUGA